AUGCCACAAUCACUCGGCAAGAUCGAUGUCCACCACCACUUCAUUCCCCCGGCGUAUGCAGAGGCCCUCGAAGCAUGCGGCGGUGACCCCUCCGGCUGGAAACUCCCCUCCUGGUCCCUCGACGCCACCAAAGAACUCAUGACCGCCCAGCGCACCACCACCGCCAUCCUCUCCCUCACCGCCCCAGGCGCCUGCAUCAUCCCCGACGCCCGCGCCUCCGCCGCCCUCGCCCGCACCUGCAAUCACCACGCCGCCACCAUCCGCGACAGCGCCCCCAGCACAUUCGGCUUCUUCGCCUCGCUCCCCUCCCUCCUCCACACCGCGGACGCCCUCGCGGAGAUCACCCACUCACUCGACACCCUGCACGCCGACGGCGUCACCCUCUUCACCCGCUACGGCCCCGGCAACACCUACCUCGGCCACCCCUCCCUCGCGCCCAUCUGGGCCGAGCUCGACCGCCGCAGCGCCGUAGUCUUCGUCCACCCCACCCACGCCGCCGACACCGCCCUCGUCUCCCCGCUCAUGCCCCAGCCCGUCAUCGACUACCCGCACGAGACCACCCGGUCCGCAAUGGACCUCCUCCUCUCGGGCACCGUCCGCCGCCACCCAAACGUCAAGAUCAUCCUCUCGCACGCCGGCGGCACCCUCCCCUACCUCGCCGCGCGGCCCGGCAGCUUCCUCCCGUUCCCCGGGGCGGAGCUGAGUCGUGAGGAGUUCAUGCAGGGCGCGCGGAGCUUCUAUUUCGAUGUUGCGCUGAGCGCCGGGGGGGUGACGCUGGGCGUACUGGAGCGGUUUGCGGCGCCGGGGAGGGUGCUGUGGGGUAGUGAUUUUCCGUAUGCGCCGAGGAGGGCCGUGGAUUGGUUUUUGGCGGAGUUUGAGGGGUAUGGGUUUGGGGAGGAGGGGAUGAGGAGGAGUGUGGAGAGGGGCGCGGCGGAGACGUUGUUUCCGAGGUUGAAGGCGGAGAGGAGUUUGUUGUAG